AAUCCACCAGCACCCCUCCUCCCUCCUCCCUCUUUCCCUCCCUCUCUCUUCCUUUCCCUUUUCUCACCUUCGGGCAAACACCCAUCCCAUCAUCCACUCUAUUCCUGUUGGACUUCCCACAAUUUUCACCCUAAUUUGGUGUAUUCGUUCCACCCCCUUGGAAAAAAAAAAAAAGAAAGAAAAAGAAAAAAGAAAUUUCAUACUUAUCAUUCGAUUUGACAUUUGGUUCUUAUCUUCGACUAUCUCCGUCUUUUUUUCUUUUUCUCGUUUUACUUUUUCUUUUCGCUUUUCUAGAAUAAACUCUCUUCGAUCCUCCUCCCCUCCUUCAUUUUAACCACACUCAACUCGAAACCCCCAUAUACUCCCCCCACUUUCCCCUCCCCUCUGAUUGUUGCAGAAGCAAAAGUCAAAAGAGAAAGAGAGAAGGAGAGAACAUCAUCCAGAUCCAUUUCAUGCGUGGCAGAAAAGACCGUUGUUGACCCAUCGUCUCGAAAAAGACAGAGCGAUGAUUAGCCUCAGGGUGGAACAGCACUCAGAUUCUCCGAGAUCCCGUCAAGACCAUAUUUCCCGUGGAAACGACGACACCAGAGCCUUCGACGGCAAUGCCGAUUGCCAGUGAGAGCAGCACGACCGUCAACCCCGUGACUACCACCAUGACAACAUUUUCCGCCCCAGUGACCGCACCUAGAUCGAUGCCCAACAAUCAGUCUGCGUUGGCGGCAUCCUUCACCAAUUUCCUCACCGUUUCAAUACACCAAAUCUUAUUUCUUCGUUCGGUCUAUCCGCGAGCGACGUUUUUGCCCGUUCGAGCCUACAACUAUCCGGUCCGACAGUCCCGUCACCCGAAAGUGUGUGAUUAUAUCAAUGACGCGUCAAUUGCGGUCGGGACAGAGAUCUUGAAGGGCACAAUCACCGCAGUCAGUAUCAUCAUUUCAUCUCUCCGCACCAACCAACCCCUCGAACGAUAUGCUUUUGAUCUGUCGGGUUUCCCCCGCGUCCCCGCUGGAGAGAUCAAUACCACCUUUGAAGAUAGAAAGGAAGAUUCAUCCAAGCCAGGUGCCCCCUUAUCGGAUCGGGGUUCCGCUCCUCCGCCAGUCGACCUCGAGGCGCAGUUCCGUGCCUGUCUCGCCCGAUUGGCCUCCGCUUGCGCCCGAUUAACUCCGUUGCCCCGGGACGACGAAUUCAGUUUCACAGUCUGCAUCGAAGUUCGGGAAGAUGCCUUGCCCCCUGCGGGUACUACAACAGAAGAACAAACUUGGAUUGUGGCUGAACCGGGCAAGGUCCAUCUCCGGUCGUGUACCGCACCGUAUUCCGUUUCCAAACUUCGAAACGGCGAGCCACAACAACCUCCCCCCAGAGUAUCGAACGGUCGCGCCAAAACGGUGCCUGUACGACGUGUAGAAGCUGGUGAGCUUCGUCUGGAAUUAUGGGUGGAAGAGGCACGACAGAAAUUUAAUGAGCCGGUGGAUUCAGAACAUCCUCCAUGAAUCUGGCUUUCUGUUGAAAUCGAUUUUCUA